UAUAUGAUUCAAAAUGGCGGAUCUCGAAGCAAGAAGAGAAGCACGAAGUAGAAAAAUAUUACAGAAUCGCGAAAAACGCAUGAAUAUCUUAUACGGGCUAACAGAAACGAACACAGACAAUGAAGUGACAUCAACAACAACCAAUGUUGCUAAUAAUUUGAAAGUAUCGGAACCAGUGCAGGAAAUAAAUACAAACAAUGAUGUUACAGUCACUAAACACAAGAGAAAUGAAGAUGCCAAUUCAUCAGAUGUACCUAGUAAUAAAACCGGACAAUCAGACCUAGAAACUUGCAUCCUUGGCAACACGGUAAAAGUUGGAACAGAAGAAAAUACUUCCACAUCGUUUAUGCAAGCUUCAGACAGGCUUCAUUCUCCACAGUCCGAUACAGACGGUGUACGUCACAGAGCUACAAGGAACACAGUAAAGAUUCAACAAGCAGCACAACCAACAGACAAAGAAUCCAGUAAAGGGCCAUCAUCUAAAGGGGGCUCCAAACCCAAGUCUUCUUCACAGCGAUCACCUCAGCAACAGCUUAACCUUCUUAGGCUGGCCGGCUGCGUCUUCGUUGCAGUUCUGUCAAGGGUUGUACUACAAUUGGGGAUAGGUCUCCUUUAUUUUCAGACUAUUGUCCUACCAUUUACAGUAUUGCAAGGAGCAGUGUAUUACUACAGGAUCACGUUUGUUAAGGAUAUCGCCCACAAAGGGACAGCAUUGUCUAGUGCCUUGAUGUUGUGUGGUUUAAAACCUGAGUUGAUUAUCACCUACAACAAAAUCAUGGGCAACAUAGCAGCGGUGUACGAGGACUUCUCAAUCUACCUUUGUGCAUUUUUCUGCAGCAAUAUGCUCAUCACACAGGAGACAUCAUAACAUUGUUUUAUUUUGUAAUAGAGAUAUUAACUUAUAUAAGAUAUGAACCUGCAUGAUGAGCUAAAUGAAUGAAUAGUUAUCAUGGAAACUAAAUAGAAAUGAUAUUAUAUGUUAAAUAGUCAUCUGCAUUUAAACAUGUGUGAACUAAACCCUGUAGAAUCCAGAAAUCUUUGUAAACUCGACUUAUAACUUGGUGGCUUUUCUUUGAUGUGAAACCACUGGUUCGUCUACUUUUAAAUGCAUUACUGUCCAGGAGGAAGCAUUGCAGAAAUGCCAUAUGGAAGUCAAAGAACUGGUUAUGAUGGGGGUGUCAGAAAACAGUCAUAUGUUGAUAUUUAUUAUAACUUUUUAAGUGUGAGGGGCUAGUCAGGUCAAACACAUGUGCAUCUGUACUUUUUUCAUACAAAUACAUGGCCUAGGUCUCAAUGUAUAUUUUCCAUUGUAAAUUGAAUCUGUGAAAUAUAUUAUCUUACUGUCGGUACGGGAUUUUUUUUUAUCUCCUAUAGCCACUAUAGGUUUUCACACUUUCGGACUUCUUGGAUAAACCUGCUUGGAGUUGCUGAGCAAUUUUGGUUACACACUAGUGGAUAACACCCUGGAUGUUAUUUAACUGGUCAAUCUUCUGAUUAUAAAAUAAGAAUGCUUUUCGAAAUCAUCUUUCAUUGUGAUGUCGUAGUUCAUGGCAAUUGAAUUCCCUGACUGGAAAACAAGAAUAAUGUAUUCCAAAUAGAAACAUAUGGUUUUCUAGAUAUAAUAUAAAUGAGCAUUGUAGGAGAAAAAGGUCCCCAUACUCUUGAUGGUUGAUCGUCAUGUUUUUCUAAAUUGAGUUCAUUAAUUUUCAAAUUGUAAAAGACACUCAGUAAACCUCAUAUACAGUUUGAAAUAACUCAAGUUGGAUAAACUCGACAACCAACCCUCACUGGUUGGGAAACCUUUAUGUACCAGUUUCACUGUACUAAAAACAUUAAUGUAACUAUACAGGUUUAAUGAGGUUUUUAAAAUAGUUCGUUAUCUUUAUAAUUUACGUGUAUUUAUUAUGACAGAAGUGACCCUAUGCCUAAAAUUGCUUAUGCUUGCAUUUCUGCAAUAGCUUAUUUCAGUAACAGCAUAUCAAGAAUUUCUGUAACUAGCUGAACACUUAUUAUCAUUAACAAAAUAAAAGGGUAUUUUCUGUCAAUGUCCAUUUUG